AUGAAAAGUGAUAAAGACAAGAUUGAUUAGAUUAUCAAUUAAUUUUAUGGAUCAAAGGUUAUUGAGGAAUUGCCAGAGGAGGAACGUCAAUUUGAACUCGUUGUUCAAUAGCCAGAUCAAACCUUAAUUUAAAAGAUGCUUGUACAAUGAAUUCACAUUAAUUUAUUUUAGGAUGACAGUUUAUAGAAGAGGUAAGAAUUUAUAUCGAGUGCAGAGUGCAAAGAAUAUUCGCAAAUGCUUAUCAUCUCACAAAUUCGAAUGGACUUUACAAAUGAUGAUCCAUUUCUUAAACAUUUAAUGAAUGUUGAAAAAGCAAUUAAGAAGGCAAUUAGAAACAUUCUUCUGCAAUUAUAGAAACUAGAUGGCAAAUAACAAUUUAAAGAUGCCUGUGAUAAAUUAAUAAAGAUAUUUUAUUAAGAUAUUAAUAUUGGCUUUAUAACAUCGACAGGAUAAAUCAAAUCUACUGCCUAUGCAUUUAUAUCCAAAUCAAUUAUCGAAUUAAUAAAUAGAAAGAAAAUCAACUUGCAAUUUAAAAAGAUUCCCUUAAAAAUAACCUUAACAUUUUUCGCAAUCGACUCAUUGCAACAAAUCAAUCCAGUUCACAAACAAUAUGAUCCAAGAACUGCCUUCAUCAGAAACAAUAAGUUCUUUAAUGACUACUUAAUCCUAUCCCAAACCAAUCAAGAUGAAUUAAGAAGCGGCGUAUCCAUAUUUUUUGUCUAUCGACCAGAAGAUGAUCAAAUCUACGCUCUCAAAAGAGUAAAUUUAAUUAAUAAUUUAGAGUAAAUUGCAAGCAACUCAUCUUGAUUUCUUCUCCGUUUUCUCCACAACUGCUUCAAACACUCCCAUAACACCAGACAUCAGAAAAAUCAGAGAAGCCAAAAUACUAUCAAAAUUGACUCAUCCAAAUAUCCUUAGGUAAUUCAUUAAACCUAAUCCUCCAGACUCUUUGCCUGGUGGAUAGAAUCUACUAAUGAUGGCUACUUUCUUUAUAUGCAACUUGAAUAUUGCUCAUUUCCUGGCUAUAAGUAUUAGCCUACAGAUUUGCUUACAUUUUCAUAUUAUUAUUUAAAUGUAAUGUAGAACCAAGAAAAAAUCAAUAAAAUUAAAUCUAUUCUGAAUCAAAUUCUAGAUGGAUUGGAAUACAUUCAUCAAAGAGGUAUAAUCCAUAGAGAUUUGAAGCCUGAAAACAUCUUUGUUACAAUUAAUAUCAAGGGAGACUUAUAAGUAAUUAAUGUUUAAAAUUAACUGGCUAGGUUGCAUUGGCAGAUUUUGAUUAAGGAAAAGAUGUCAGAGAAGAAAAACUAUCCAUUAUCACCGAUGAAAGACUGCCUGAAGAGGAAUUAAAUUCCAUUAAGAGUCAGAACACAAUUACCACUGGAACCAUAGGCUAUUAAACUGCAAAUUAUACUAAAGAUUCUCAUUAUGAAAUGGCAGAUGAAUUUUAUGCUAUAGGAAUCAUUUUAUUACAUCUUGUUAUAGCAUUUCCUGGAGAACCUAAAAAUAGAAAUUUGUAUGCUAAAACUUUCGUGAUGGCAAACUCAAUUAAAGAUGUUUUAUCAUUAUUCGAUUCUUGGGCCAACAAAUUUGUAAAAAACAAAAGUCCUGAUUUUUCAUUCACGCAUUAUCAAAAUGUAAUGGAACUAGCCAAACUUCUAAUAAGUUCAAGAAAAUUAACUCACGCAGAUGUACGAAAAAUGAUUAAUGAGUUAUGAGUUACC